GAGUUUCAUUGGUAGAGCACUGAAUAAAAUUAAUUUAGAUAGAAUUAUAAUUUUUGUUAUAUGGCUCAACCAAUCUAUGAGCAAUUAAUGUUUCUCUAUUCAGGUCUCUCUUUCUUCAGAGUGUUUUAUAGUUUGAUUCAUAUAAUCCCUGGGAAUUUUAACAUAUUCUUAAACAUAGUAUUUAAUCAAUACUUUUUGAAUGGAUGGAAGGAUAAAUGGAUAAACCCCAGACAAGUUGUGAAGAAUCACUAGAUUGGAUAAGAAGGAUUUAAACCUUGUUGUAUCCAUGAAUUAAAAUUGCUGGUGGAAGUGAUCAUCUGAUGUUGCCAAUUAAUAAAUCAGCAUUUAAAAUAACCCUUACCUUUUGUCUUAGAGUUGAUAGUAUCAGUUCCAAGGCAGAAGAGCAGUAAGGGCUAGGUAAUCGGGGUCACCUGAUUUGCCCAGGGUUACCCAGCUAGGAAGUGUCUGAGGCCAGAUUGAAUAAGUUGAAAUUUAGUGUGGCUUAAUGAAAAAUCAUACAUGAGUUUAAAAAAAAACACCUUUAAUUCAUCAAUCUUGAAGCAUUUUUUUUAACCCUUACCUUCUGUCUUAUAAUUGUUCUGGUUCCAAGGCAGAAGAGCAGUAAAGGCUAGGCAAUUGGAGAUAAGUGCCCAGGGUCACACAGCUAGAGUGUGAGGUCAUAUUUGAACUCAGGACCUCCCAUCCCCAGACCUGGCUGUCUAACCACUGAAAUACCUAACUGCCCCUAAAUCAGCAUUUAUUAAGCACCUAGUAUGGGUCAAGCACUGUGCUAAGUGCUGGGGAAUACAAAGAAAAUUAUUUUUUUUAAAGUCCCUGCUCUCAAGGAGCCCACAGUCUUAAGGGACAAUGUGCAAAGAACUAUGGCCCCCCGGGGAAGCUAGGUGACCCAGUGGAUAGAGUGGGUGCCAGCUCUGGAGACAGGAGGACCUGGGUUCAAAUGGAACCCCAUUUGCCUAUCCCUUCUCUUCUGUGAUAGAAUUCAUCCUAAGACAGAAGGUAAGAGUUUAAAAAACUAAAAGGGAAGAGCUUCCAAAAAAAGGCAAGAGCUACUCCCACCGUUUUUUGCCCUCUCAGGCAUCAUCUGGGUUAGAUUCUGGCCAAAACAGAUUAGUUGGGGGCAGAGAAGAAGGGGCAGCCCCUGUGCUGCUUAAGGACAGGACGCUGAGAAGUGGCAAAGUUGUCCAGGAGAGGUUCAUAACAUACGAUGACUGAUUGAAGUUACUGGGUCUGUUUAGAAAUGAAGCCUCGAGAUGGAACAGGAUGGGAUGAUGGCCGUUAUCAGGCAGUGGAAGGCUUGUGACGUGGAGAAAGGAUUUGACUUGUUCUGUUUGGCUCCUGAGCCGACGGCAGCGGAGCAAAGCUGCAAAAAGGCAAAUUUGGGUUUGAUACCAGGAAAGAAAUUUCCGAACGAAUAGGGAAUGGAAGACUUUGAAAGGCAGUGAGCUCUCCGUCACUGGUAGUCUGCAAACAGUGGCCAGAGAAGGGAAUUUUUCUGGGUUUAGGUUAGACUCCCAAGCAAGGAAGUUCCUCUUGAAGACUAGGCAGGCUCCCGGAGGAAGAGAAGGAGGGGCAAGGGGACCGGGACUUCAAGCUGCAUCUGGCCAGAGGCCAAAAGACUAGAAACAAAAGCGAGGAGGAGCGAGAGGCAGGGCGAAGUGUUGCUAGGCUCCCGAGUAUCCUGUUUGGGAUAGGCCGGCGCUUGUGACGUCAUCCUCAUGCGCCAGCCCAGCCGCGGAGCUCCACGUCGCUGUCUUGGCGUCUGCGCACUCUGCAGAAAGAGAAAGAUUGAAGAUGGCGGAAGCGGAUGAGCGGACGUUUUUAGGUCUUUCCGAUGUAUCCAUCUCAGAAGAUAUCCCUGUGGAGGGAGAGAUCACGGUGCCAAUGUCAUCUCACUCCCAGGAUGAUGACUAUUCUACGUUAGAUGAGCCUGUUAAAGAAACCAUUAUUCGAGACCUGAAGGCUGUUGGGAAAAAAUUUGUUCAUGUCAUGUACCCCAAAAAAAGCAAUGCACUCUUGAGAGAUUGGGAUCUCUGGGGCCCUUUAGUCCUUUGUGUUUCCCUUGCAUUGAUGCUUCAGGGAGGUUCCGUGGAUAGUAAAGAAGAUGGAGGACCCCAGUUUGCUGAAGUUUUUGUCAUCGUCUGGUUUGGUGCAGUUGUCAUAACACUCAACUCAAAACUUCUUGGGGGGACCAUAUCAUUCUUUCAGAGUCUGUGUGUCUUGGGUUACUGUGUCUUGCCCUUAACAGUGGGUAUGCUGGUGUGCCGACUGGUACUUCUGGCUAGUAUGGGGCCUAUCAACUUCCUUAUCCGGUUUAUCGUUGUGAUUGCGAUGUUUGCCUGGUCCACCUUAGGUAAGAGAACACCAAUUCUCUGCUUCUCCAAUAAGACAGAAUAUGGGUGUCUGGGAGCUAUACACUUCAUGAAGGCAAGUGUUGGGAUCUCAGAAAUCAUGGGACUUGAACCUGAGAAUUGGGCCAAAGCCUUAGUAUCUCUGUGACCAGGAGCUAGUCAUUUAGCCUCUCUGGGCCUGUUUUCUCCUCUGUAAAAUGAGGAGACUGGGCUCCAUGACCACUAAGGGCCCUUCCCGCUCUAAAACCAGAAUCCUUUUUGUGACCUUGGGUUAGUUCCAUUUUCUCCCUGGGCCUCAGUUUUCUCCUCUGUAAAAUGGUGGGGCGAGGGUUAGCUGAACUCCAUGACUCAGGACUUUCUCAGCUCCAAAGUCAGAAAUGACCUUUGUCAAUUUGGUUUUCAUUGUCAUCAUUCAGCAUCCACAGCGUUCCUGGCUGAUAGCCAGCCUCCAAAUCGAAAAGCCCUCGCUGUCUACCCCAUCUUCCUCUUCUACUUUGUCAUCAGCUGGAUGAUUCUCACCUUUACGCCUCAUUAAACCAGGAAGCCAGAGAAGCCAAAGAGCCCGAAGGGAACAGAAGACUCCAGCUGCUUUGGGCCUCUGCCUCCCGUCUCUCCUUUCCUGACUAUUGGAGGGAGUGUGGACAUGGUGAAGGGGUGGGGGGGAUGGGUGGGAGGGGCAAGAGAAAGCCAAGGCUGUGCAACCACACCAGCACUUUGGUAAAGACAAUUGCUUGGAAGGGUUUGUACUUUGAUCUACGUACAGCCAAAGUACUGCCCUGCUCAAGGAUUUUGGUUCCCUGUGUCUAGUGUGUGUGAGAAGACGGCUACAGGAACGACAUGGAUUGAUUAGAUUGGCGUUAAGUUGGAGCCUGAAAUCAAGUUCAGACAGCACUGGUUCCUGUACAGCUUUCUCUUUCAAGCAUACUGCCUUAUCACCAUAGAGUGUAGUUCUUCUCUCUUUCGCUGAGAGGCUGAUCUGUCUUUUUGUCUUCCUUUCCUUCCCCAGCCCCCCCCCCCUUCCUUCCCUCUUUGAAUAUCUGGAGGAGUAAGGGGAGACUGUAGGAAAACCCUUUCAUUGAAAUGCAAGGAGUGUUUUCUUUGAAAAGCACAAGAAGAGCCCUGUCUUUUUUGGACCACAAUCAUGCCACAUGUUCUGACAAAAGCAUGCUCUUCUUUAUCUUACCCUUUAGCUCUGAAUGUGCAUGCUGGGCUCUUUGUAGCCAACAUGGAAUUUUCCUUGGGCUAAAGCAAUUAGUGUUGAAACCUUUGAACUUACCCAAGUAGAUCACUUUGGAAACUUAGGUAGGCAGGCCACUACUGCUCAUUCGUAUCACUGUAUAAUUAAAGCACAGCGGGAUGUUUGGAAUAUAGCAGAGCUGUAAGGAAUUCCUCAUCGCCCAGUGGAGUCCAUCCUGGCCAGAGGAAUUCUGGAAGGGACAGAUAAAAACUAAGAUGGCGUUUUAAUGCCACAGUGGCAUUUCAUGUCUUGCUGGCUGCCUGACAAGGCAGUUCAAAGUAGGAUUUAGGAUCUCCUGGGUCAAUAAGUCUCAUCUUUUCCUAGAAGCAAGGGCACAUUUUUUCACUGGACCUCUUCCUGGUGGGGAACGGCAAAUGGUUUCCUCCAGCUAUAGACUAGGUUUAUUUAUAAAGAGAACUAACUUCUUUAGCUAUAUACUCUUUACCCAGCUUUAUGUAUGCUCUUGGGUAUCUUUCCUGCAGGGAUGGCAAGGCCUUUGAAAAGCACUUGGAGCCUAGGCUGGCCUACACUGCUUCUGAGCCCUCUGGGGUCUCCUUUAAAGGAGUGGGCCAGGCUCCUCUCUUUGGUGACAUUGCACACUGGAUGAUGACGGCAGGCGAAAAGUCCAUUCUGUAGGAGGGCAUUCAUUGCAAAUGCACAGUGAAUUCUAUAGAUGACUAUGACUUAGCCCAUAAACUUUCUAUGUCAUGGACUUCUAUCUAGAAUAGCUUUAUAUUUAAAUGUGAGCUGUAUAUACAUUUUUAUUUCAAAUAGAAUAGUUUGAUUUCCCACUUUAGCCAUAGAAAUCACCUAAGAAAAAUGGUCCCUAGACUGACCAGUAGCAAUAAACGAUUUUCCAUCUUUCCAGCCCAGCUUAGCAUUUUGCUUCCUUGUUUCGUAUUUAUUUCAGGACAGUUCACCUUUAAAUGCUUCGGUAAUUUUUUUUCAUGGAAAGACAAAUCCAGCAUGGAAGUCUUGACCUAGAGGGUAUUUUGAACCAACCAGCCAAGUGGAUCCUAACUUGUUCCUACUAAAAAUAGCUCUUCCUUUCGAGUUUCUCAUACAUGGUCCUGACAAUUAUGUGAAUUUAUUUCGAAGGAAGGACUGUUUCUUGGGUCACCGUUUUUCAAAGGGCAGGAAGGAAGCCUAUUCUGAUACUGCAUUUUACUCAAAAGUUUGGAUAUUUGGUUGGAAGCAACAAAAGUCCGGACUUUGUGGGUUUGCCUUUUUUUUACAAGGCUUUUUCUUAGGUUUUGACAUACUUUGUUCUGUGUUAAUUGAUCGCUCCUAGGUAAUGUGGAUGACUUCUAGAACAGAAUGAUUUUUAUUUACUUUCUGAUCUCAUUAACUCAUUAAUGUGUUUCUUUUUUCUUUGGCUAUAAAAGUAAAAAAAAGUGGAAUUGGGGCAGUCUGGGCUAGAAAAUGUUUCCUUAACAAAUGUGAAAUGCUGAUGCCUUCAAGGCUGGUCCAUAGUCCAGGCCAAGCCUCUGGAAGCUUUAACCCUUGUUUUGUCCUUUUUCCAAUGGGUAGAAAGGCAGACGAGCUCGGUACUGUCACUCCAGAGCAUGGGACAGCAUUGUCCAUGUGCAUUAAUGGUCACUAUUAACUGCUUGUGGCACAGCCAAGAAUCUCUGGACACCUUUCAUGAAAAGAACAGACUUAUGAAAGGACUGAUUUGAUGCCAGUGUAAUUGGGUGUGCACUCGGCCUUUCAAAAGUGAUCAUUUGGCCGGUGAGUUGUCUUUCCUCUAGGAAACUUCUUGUGCAAGGUGGGCUUAAUCAUUUUAUGGCCCCAGAGGGUGGCAGACAGUUGGCAGUAUUUCUCAUCAAAAAGUCUACCAAAGUGCAUAAUUAGUAAUUAAAGGAUAAAUAAAGAUUUCAUUUAAGUGCACUCGGUAAGCGUGCUAUGCAACAUGAAGACUAUUCCUUUGAUCUUUUAUUCCUACAAGUGGAUAGCUAAGAUUUGACAGUUCUUUUUCCUGAGUAACCUCAAGCAUGCUAGAAAUUUCUUUAAAGAUGAGCAAGAUUUGGUUUGUUUCAAGAGCCUGUUUUUGUUUGUUUCUUAAACACUAAGGUCUUGAAUCCAAAUUGGACUAUUAAGAUUCCAAGAGAACUUUCCUGAGAUAUAUCUGGAUGCUGUUGGGCUUGUUGGGUCUUAGAUUUAGAGCUAAAGGGUUAGUUACCUGGCUCCGCCUCUUCAUUGUUCAGAGUAGGAAACAGGCCUAGCGAGGAGAAAUGACUUGCUCAAGUCCCAUAUAAAAAGCAGAGCUAAGAUUUGAAUCCAGAACCCUUGACUACUCUUUCCACUAUAAAUGACAUGUUUAUAGAUGACAUGAAUUUUAAUGAGAAAUCUAUUAUUUCUAAAGUAAGUGUGCAUGGCCUUGAAGAAAAGAGGAAAUGCUUCACCUUCUCUCCUAUGAUCAGAGUCAAGGACUGAGGAUGUGGACCAUUACAUAGCCUGAUAGACUGUUGAUGUAUUAGAUUUGCUAAACUGCCUUUUCUUUAAUUUGUGUUUUUGUUAUAAGGAAUGACUCUUUAGGUGGGAUAGGGAAAUAAGAAGUAACGUUAAACAAUAUUGGGAAAUGAAAGUUAUGUUUAAACGUUUUAAAAAGACAUUUUAAUCUAUCUGGGGGAAGAAAUUAUUUCAAAGCAUUUCAGUAUAUAAAUUGCCAUAUAGCUGCCAUUGGACAAUUGAGUUCAACAUAACAGUGUCAGCUAGUGGGGUGUGCUGCAAAGAGCAUUACACUGGAGGUUGGAUAAAUUGAAUGUGAAUACUUGCUCUUCUCAACCUUGGGUGAGUCAUCUCUCCCUGAGCCUCUGUUUCCUCCUCUAUAAAAUUAGGAUUUCUAAGGUCUCUUCUAGCUCUCAAUCCUAUGCUCCUUCUCAUAGGCGUUGAGCUGGAUGGAAUCUGAGAGGCCUUCUAGUCCUCUCAUUUUAUAGAAGAAACCGAGGCCCAGAGAGGACUAAGAUCAUAGAUCAUAGAGUUAGAGCAGGAAAGAACUUUAAUGGUUAUUUAGUCCAGUGGAGGCAAAUUGGGCCACUAAGCCAUAAAUAAUUAUACCUGUGGGCUGAGAAUUGACUUAGAAAACCACAUGUUAACAUUAUCUGUGCUCUGUUGCAUUUCGAUUUUCUUUGCUAAAUAUUUCUCAAUGACUAACUGGUUUGGGCUGCACUUUGGAGUGUUGUGGACUCAAGGCCUGGUGUUUGACACCUGAUCUAGUCCAGGCCCUUCACUUUUCAGAGGAGAAAACAGACUGAGAGGUUGACUUGCCCCUUGUCACAGAGAUAGUAGUGGCUAAGCUGGGAUUUGAACCUGGGUUCUGUUUCUAAGGUUCCUUCUACUGAACAGCACUGCCUCUUCACCUUCUACAGUCUCCUUUUGCAAUCUCUCACAGAUUCAACUACGGGCCCAGUAGAUGAUCCUCAGAUUUUUUUAUCUAGCAUUGAUCUCCUGAGCUUCAGAUCUUUAUCAGAGGUUGUUGAGUCAGUUUAAUUGUAUCCAACUCUUCAUGACCCUAUUUAUCACCUCUUUCAGCUCAUUUUACAGAUGAGGAAACGAGGCUAACAGGGCAAAGGGACUUGUCCAGGGUCACAAAGCUAUUAAGUGUCUGAGACCAGAUUGGAACUCAGGGCUAUCUUAUAACACCACCUGAUUGUUCUGUUCCAGGACCUUUAUCUCUUUCUAUCCAUAACAUACAGCAAACCCAACAUAGCUGAAAGAGGUAAAGACUUUUUUUGAUUUUACUAUUCCUGUCUAUGGUACCGUCCUUCACCUAAUUGUCUAUAUUUGUGGCUUGGGAUUGCUUCUCCCUUCACUCUUCAUGUCCAUUCAGUUACCACAUUUGGUUGCCUCUACAUUGGUCACGUUUCUCUCUAGAUUCAUUGCCACCCACCUAGACAAUUGAAGUAGCCUUCUCCCCACCCCCCCCACCCCCACUCCAGUCGGUCUGUGUUGCUGCCAGAAUAACUAAAUGCAUAGCUCUAGUCAGGUUUGUUUCUUGGCUCAAUAACCUUCAUUGGCUCCCCAUUGCCAAGAGUCAAAUUGAAGUUCUUUAGCCAGACAUUCAACCUGGCCCCAGAUUAUUCAUCUUAUUGUCAUUUUUCUAACCUUAUUUAAUCACAUUUUCUGUAUGUUAUGCUCCAACUAGAUUGGAUUAUUCAGACCACCAAAAAACUCCCCAUUCUCCUGCUGCUCAAAAUGUUCCCUGUUCCUGGGAUUUAGUCCUCAUCUCUUUGCUCAUUGAAUUCUAGUCACCUGUUAAAUUCCAAAUCAAACACCACCUUAGUGAAGUGUUCCUUGGCCAAUAACAACCUUCCCUUGGACCUUAGCUCUUUUUUUUAGGAUUGAAAAAUCAUGAAUCAAAUUGAGAUUUAGGUAGUGGCUUUAGAGGUCACUGAAUCCAACCCCCUCAUUUUGCAGUUGGGGAAUCUGAUGUCAGAGGGUUCAAAUCUCACAUCUGAUGCUUGAAUACUACCUGUGUGACUGGAUAAGUCACUGCCCUCUUCCUAGGCCUCAAUUUCCUCACUUCUAAAAUGAUGGACUAGAUGGGCCUUUGAGAUUCCUUCUUCAUCCACAUCUAUGGUCCUUUAAGAACUCAAGUGACUUAUCUAGGGUUACACACAAUAUCUCAGGUAGGAUUUGAACCUGGGUCUUCCUGACUCCCAAGUCUAGCUGCUGUCCACUGUAAUGCAUUAUUUCUUUUAACUCUAACCUUUUGUCUUAGAUACCAAGUAUUGAUUCUAAAGCAGAAGAAUAAUAAGGGCCAAGCAAUUGGGGUUACAUGACUUGGCCAGAGUCACAGAGCUUGGAAGUGUCUGGGGCCUGAUAUGAGCUCAAGUCUUCCUGACUCUAGGCCUGGCAUCCUACUCUACCCCACACUGCCAUCUUUGUAAUGCACUUGAGUAUAUUGUCAUUGUCUCUAUUUCUGUCUUAUACUUCUACUAGAUUGGGAGCCUUCCCCACCUCUGUCCCAGCCCUCCAAAUGGAGGUCCAGUGAGCCAGCAGAAGUGGGCCUUAGGGAACCCAUUCCCUUUUCUGUUGCUCGUUCCCACCAGGCCCUGGACAUUUGUUCUUUUGAAAGAAUUUUUUUUUCAUUCUUAAUUUGAACACAAAGAUUAUGAAACUGAAUCUCCUUUUCAUAUUGCUUGCUUUUAAAAAAAUAAAAGGAUAUCAACAGAUUCUACACAGUA